CUCGCCUGUGCGCGUGCGCGUGGAUAUCUUGCGCCUCUCACAUCUUCUUCAGUUCGCUCGUGUUUAAGGAUUCAACCGGUGGCUCCGCGCGCAUCACACACGGGCUUCUUAUCGCGUCCCAACUUCACCGCAUCGAGUGAAGUGUGAGAGGGUACACAAAAGAACACUUUCACAAGAACAUUUGACGGCUUUUGUAGGUGAGAGCGGGAUGCUGUCCGUGAGGUGAUGUUUUCUCUGUGAGGGGAUUGCGCUGUCAGAAGGAUGCUGGUGGGAAAUGCCUGUCGACAGAGAGGACCAGAUUUGUCAGAAAGCGCUCGAGCUCUUGUCCGAUCUUUGCUCUAAGGGGGAGGUGCAAAACGAAAACUGUUUGGAUUUCAUUUAUUAUUUCCGCGAUCUUGCCAGGCCGAGGUAUUCGGACUCAGAAAUAUCCGUGAGCCUGCUGUCUUUGGUGGUGACUGCCUGUGGUUUGGCCCUUUUUGGUGUCUCUCUCUUUGUUUCUUGGAAAUUGUGCUGGAUUCCAUGGCGAGAGCGUGCCCUUUCAACCAGCACCAAGGAGGGGCAUCCACAGCUUCCUCACCCCCGUCCACCACUUCAACCCCAGUCCAUCUAUACAGAGGUGGAUGCCACCCUCGACCGCCGGAAUAAUGCCCGAGGUUCAGUGGUCAAAGAGACCACGGUGCCGCCCACUCCAGUCUCUCCAGCGGCCCCGGGAUCUCUUCCUGCUGUGCCGGUGCCUGAGGCAUCCCUAAAGAUAAGCCACACCUCACCUGAUAUUCCUUUGGAGGCGGAGUCCAAGACUCAGGAGAACGGUGUCAAUGGCAACACACACAUGCAGAGGCAAAUCACAGAUCCUUCCUCAACCUGUGUCAGGCAAAGUUCAAUUCGGCGUCAGAUGAAUCAAUCAAACCCUGACUUCACAGUAAGUCAGUUUCAGAGGCAGGACUCUUUGACUGGUAUGAGCCUCGGCCAGCUGAAACCAGAGCUCUACAAACAACGAUCCCUGGAUGGCGAUGAUAACCGAAGCAGUCACGUGGGAAGCUGUGGACGUCUCCACUUCAUCCUCAAAUAUGACUGUGACCUGGAGCAGCUGAUCGUCAAGAUCCACCGAGCCCAAGACUUGCCCGCCAAGGACUUCUCUGGGACCUCUGACCCAUAUGUGAAAAUCUACCUUCUACCAGACCGCAAAACCAAGCAUCAAACCAAGGUGCAUCGUAAGACUUUAAACCCUGUGUUUGAUGAGGUCUUCCUCUUCCCUGUGGAGUAUGCCGAUCUGCCCACAAGAAAGCUGCACUUCAGCGUCUACGAUUUUGAUCGUUUUUCACGGCAUGACAUCAUCGGCCAGGUGGUGGUUGACAACUUUCUGGACCUAGUAGACUUUCCCAGAGAGACCAAACUCUCCAGGGAUAUUCAGUAUGUGUCUUCGGAUAAUGUUGAUCUGGGCGAUUUGAUGUUUUCUCUUUGCUUCCUGCCUACUGCUGGACGUCUGACCAUCACCAUGAUCAAAGCAAGAAAUCUGAAGGCCAUGGAUAUCACUGGAGCUUCAGAUCCGUAUGUGAAGGUUUCUUUGAUGUGUGAUGGUCGCAGACUGAAGAAGCGGAAAACCUCUACUAAAAGAAACACAUUGAACCCAGUGUACAAUGAGGCUAUAGUGUUUGAUGUCCCUCCAGAGAACAUUGACCAAAUCAGCCUUCUAGUAGCUGUUAUGGACUAUGACCGUGUAGGUCACAAUGAGGUCAUAGGUGUGUGUCGAGUAGGUAAUGAUGCUGAGGGUUUGGGCAGAGAACACUGGAAUGAGAUGCUUACUUACCCACGCAAACCCAUCGCGCACUGGCACCCUCUGGUAGAGUAUCACAGUACCGGAGGUGGAAGCCAGGGGGGCUCCUGUAAUUCCCUGAAGGCCCCACCAUCUCCAUAGCCUGAGGAAGUCCAUGGUCUCGUCUUCAGACCGACAACAGGAUUCAUGCACAAUAUGUUUUGCUCUGGGAUCCAGAGGCCCAGGAACAGAGACCUCCAGAUGGCUGGUUCUCACAACGAAGAAAGUGGCGUGCCGUUUUCAACUCGUGCACCUGGAGGCCCUUCCACUGCAUGGGGACAAUGAAUGUUUCAGAUGCAUGUUGAGUGGUCACAUUCUGUAUGGUUAUAUUGUGCUACUCAUGGUGAAAUGGAAAAGAAUUUAGUGGAAAAAGUGCAAAGAGUAUUUUAUGUUGUUCUCCAAGUUUCGAUCCAAACUAAGUGUUUUCUAAAUCAGUCCUGGUAUAUGUUUUUGAAGGGAGUGUCGAUGUGUCACUCAACGCUCUCAAGGUCAGAAUGUGAAUUUCCCUUUUUGUAUUUAUUUACCUGCUCUCCCCAUCACAGCGCAUGGAUGUGUGUUUUGGUGUGGUACAGUUCAAGAUGUUCUCUGUUACUGUUUGAAAUGCUCUGUGAAUUUUGUCAAAAAGUCUUGUUGGUGAAUUGUUUACAGACAUUGCAAUUAGUAAAAUGUUAUUUCUCAUGUUAUUAAACAUUCAUUUCUUACAAAGCCAAGCUUCUUGAAAUACAAUUACUUCAAUGUAUAUUCAGUUUAUUUCUACAGUAUACGGCGGGUAAUGAACUAUGAUGGAUAAUAUCCAUCUGGAGCUAUAUAUCAUUUGUAACAAAUAAUAUUAUUAUUUCAUAUUAUCUGGAUAAUUUGUAACAGAUUCAAACCUGGAACAAGAAUAGAGACAGUGGAGUGAUACAUUAAACACACAAGUGCCAGUCAAGAUGAGUGGAUGAUCAGCUUUAACAGCCGUUAUCAAAAUCAAGUAUUCCAGAGAACAGUAAAUGAUCGAAGGUUAAGCGUAAAUUUAACUGAUAUAUUUUUGUAUGACUGGAUCAAAUCUUUGAAGAUAAUGUUAACUUUUAUACUGUACGAACAGCUUUUGAGACAGCUUUAAGAUUUGAAGCAUCAUCAUAGAGAAUUUGUAAACAUUUGUUAGAUUCAAAAGAUUUGUGUAAGUAAAAAGCUUUGUUAUAGAUACCAAUAUGGUAAUAUAAAUAUCCAUAAGUAUCCAACCAUACAAAAGUGUUGACUUAGUACAUACAAUCACAAAUGAGAUGUCCCGUUAGAGAGUAUGGAUAUCAAUAUUUUCACUGCGUGAACUGCUGAUAUAUUGAUUUACAGUUGGUAAAACCCACAGCCAUUUCCUCUCAUGGCUCUAGAGAUUAUCCAACUGGUUUCAUUCCCCCAUUACACUGUGUCUGGCAGACGUUAGGUCUCAUAUGAUUCUAAACUAGUAUGCUCAUUAUAACAGCCGUGAUGAAAACGUGGUGUUAUCUGUCCAAGAGAAGGUGCGACUCAUGUCAGAUGGGUUGUAUUGAUGGAGAUUGAUUUAGGCGUUCAUUGAUCUGUUUGCUUUGUUGCCAAUCACACUCCAUUUGUUCCUGUGAGUACACAGGGGGCUUGCACCCAUCUGAUACGCCUGUUUCCUCUAGACACUGAAUGCCUUCGGACAAUCACAAAACUCAGUAUCUUAAAUACUGUGUUUAGGGAUAUUCCUACUUUAUUCCUAAUCGCCAGCUCCUGAUCUAAUACCAUUCUGUUGUCCAAAGAAACAGUUCACCCAAAAAUUUCAAUUGUGUCAUCAUUUGCUCACCAUCAAAUUGUUCACAACCCGUGUAAAUGUAUUUGUUCUACAGAACACAAAGAACAAUGCAAGAAAAAUUGUAACCAAACAGUUUUGGGGCACCCAGAGUGCAGCGGCACGAUUAAGCAGCUGAUAAGCAGCAAAGACAGGCAACUUAAAUAGGACUCAGUCUAGUAUGUGUUGUAUGACUAUUGGUUAACUUUGAUUAGCUGCACCUGAUGUGAUCAGCUGAUGCAAGCUAGACUCACGUGACCUGCGAGAACUGACGCUACGCUUGAUAUUUGUGUGAUGUAAAUCCACACUGCAUUUUUGCCCCAUCAAGGGGCACUGCAUGUAGAGAAUAGACGUAUUUUUCAUCCUCAGUAGUUUUCACAGUUCUUUUCAGGUAAGUUGCAUGAAUCUUGGAGAUGUUGACACAGUUCUUAAGGAUUUAUUCUGUUCCAGGGGCCUCAUUUAUCAAGAGUAUGCAGAAAAUGUUCUAUAUUUUGUCCUACGAAUGAAAUUUCGAACGUGUCUAAGUACAAAAAAAAAUCUGUAUUUAUCAAACGUGCUUACGCAUUGUUGAUAAAUCCCACAUGUUUUUAAGCUCAUUGUCAUUUGCAUUCGGAAACAUCUCCAAUGAACCAAAUAUGGUGACGAAACUCCCUUUAUAGAUCACAUGAAUCAUAUACUCUGCACUAAACAGAUGUCUUUGAAAAUGCAUUCUUUGCGCAAUGCAUGUUUUGCUCAAUUUGAUUUUUAUUGGUAAUUUCAUAAUUAUUUAUAGGAGAUUUAUUUUGAAUAAAUUUAA